GACAGAUAACACACAUCAACGUGUGGAUGCGGAGGAUGAGGAGGAGGUGGCGGACGACAAAAUAAACAUGUUCCCGACACACAUCAGUAGAGGUCCGGACCGAACCGUGACGUGACUAGCCCGCAUCACACACAUCACACCGUUUUUGCUGUUUUUUUUUUUCUUAUUUUAACGGUGUGCGGAUUGUACGGACUGCCGAUUCCAGCAGUCGCAAUUAAGUCAUCAUUGGAAUUAGUAGUUUGGAAGUUUAGUGAAAAGUAACGGUAGCAUAAAUCUUUGGGGUCCUUACAACAAAAAACGGCACUAGAAUGUCUCGCGAAGAGUUCGAAGAGCUACUGUACUAUGUGGUGGAACUGAAGGAUAAGCUGAAUGCCAAGUUGGAUGAGCAGUGCGCCAAAAUAAAUCAUCAGGGUUCGAUCAUAAAUCAGCAAGGUCAAAUUGUAGACGAACUGUGCUGGCAACUGCGCGAGUUAAGUGAAAAAGUUCGAGAGCUGCGUGCCGAGAAUCGACGAUUGACGGAACGGUUGGGUCGGUUCUGUCCCAAAUGUAGUGGCUGUCGGUGCGAUGCCGACACUUACGCGAACCAUUUAGCGGAUAAGUACAACGAGUUGGCGAUGGAAGUUGAAACGGAGGGGAAGAAGCGUACGAUUCCUUCAUCGCCACCUUCCACCACUAGUGCCGAGGGUGAUAAAACUGUCGAAAUGAUUGAAUGCCAGGGUCAGACGCAACAAUUGCCAAAAAUUGAUGAAUACUCGCAGGUGGUGAAAAAGUGUGACACUCCAGGCGGCAAAAAGAAAUGGCUAUUCCGAGGAACGUUCGAUCGAAAGGGUACUUCCGGGGACGUCGCCAACAAACCGUCGGUCGCCAGUAGCAACACCAUCUGGUACUUGGAUGACGAAAGCAUUUACGAACCGAUCGAGCUAUCGGCUAAACCGACAACUCGGGCUCAGUUGGAGAAAAUCACCGCCGAAGUACUGUCCACUACUGCACCGAAACCAGCCCCACGAAGGCUGUACGCGGCUCCAGCGGUGGACAAUUUGGCUCAAUACUUCACGGAGGGUGAUCGGUUGCUGGAUGGAGUCACACGGAAGGACGACAGCGAUGAUGACGACGUAUGGCUGAGAACCAAUCGGGUCAAGCAGUUCCGUUCGGAGUUACACCGAGGCAGCAGCAGCAGCAAGGUAGCCUGCAGCCAGAUAUCGGAUCUGGAACAAUCAUACUUGCCAACCGAACAGAGCAUCAACUCCGAGAACAUGGUUCGUUUCACAGCCAGUAGUCGACCGGUGACCACGACCACGGUGUCCACCACCAUGAGAUCGGGAGGGGUCACGGACAAUCGUCGGCAUGCCAUACGUUCCUACAUGUGAAACGUGUACACAUACUUCAAGUGCCUAACCAUCAACUGUUAACAAUUGAAACAUCACUCAAUUCACAGUUAGCUCACAGAUGUCAAAAUACUACACCUUUUUCACAGUGAUAAAGUAUUUUUUUAUUAUUUUGCAAUAAAAGCAUAGGUUUUCGAA